GAGGUUGGUUAUGCUGUGGUCGAAGAGUUGCGUAAUCGAUUAUAGGUCGUUUGAUGAAUCGCUUUAGUUUUGGCAUUUGAAGCAGUAGUGAACAUGUGAUAGCAAAAGUUAACGCUGUAAUGUUUACUGUGCACAUCUAGAAAUGCAAAAUAAGUAAAGCCCUAAUAAUGGUGUGAAUGUGUAAUAAAACUGACAUGGAAUGUUAUGAUUAAAUGGGAAGAUCAGACUGAAAUCAGAUGCGUAUGUUAAUGGUUCUUUUGUUAGGCUUUGCCGUGAAACAAUGCCAACAUUCCUUACACCAAACCGCCAUGGUUACUCCGUUCGCUUCUCUCCAUUCCAACCAGAAAGGAUUGCUUGUGCAACAUCUCAGUACUUUGGACUUGCUGGAGGUGGCACUCUGUUUUUACUAGAGGUUGUUCCUGAUGGUGGUUUGGUGGAAGUUGCAUGUACACAGUGGUCAGAUGGGCUCUUUGAUGUGGCAUGGAGUGAAACUGAUGCCAACAUCAUAGUCAGUGCCAGUGGUGAUGGUGGACUUCAGCUCUGGAAUAUGAGUUGCCCACAGCUUCCACCUCAGACAUUCCGAGAACACAAGAAGGAAGUCUAUUCUGUUGACUGGAGUCAGACAAGGCAGGAACAGUUUGUGCUCUCUGCAUCUUGGGACUGCAGUACCAAGCUGUGGGAUCCAAAUCGACCAAACUCCUUGGCAACGUUUCUAGGCCACACUCAACUUGUAUACAAUGCAAUGUGGUCUCCACAUGUUCCAUCAUGCUUUGCCUCUGUAUCAGGUGAUGGAACUCUGAAGGUCUGGAACACUCACAUGCCCCAGCAUCCGUCUAUGUCGCUCCGAGCCCAUGAUGCAGAGGUGCUGAGCUGUGAUUGGUGCAAGUAUGACCAGAAUAUCCUAGCUACAGGAGGCUCAGAUGGACUGAUUCGUGGCUGGGAUCUGCGCAACAUGACUAGUCCUGUUUUUGAACAGAAGGGCUGUGAGUAUGCAGUUCGCAGAGUCCGUUUUUCUCCGCACAAUCUCUCAGUUCUGGCAUCUGUGUCUUAUGACUUCACAACAAGGAUCUGGGACUUCAAGGCAUCGUCAGAUCCUCUGGAGACUGUGAAGCAUCACUCUGAGUUUGUAUAUGGACUAGAUUUUAACAGCCACAAGGCAGGUCAGAUCGCAGACUGUGGCUGGGACUCAUUGGUGCAUGUGUUCUCACCACGCUCUCUGAUGUCCCUCUCAUCUGCUCUGCUUAAUCCGGUCAAGUGAUGUACCUGUGUAGCUACUAGUCUUUGUGUCCCCGUGGAGUCACAUGAGGUUUGAAAUCAGGAACCAUACAGCAUGGACUGAAAAUUGAGAUACUGAACCAUUUGUAUUAGCCUGUCAUACAGUUUUAGCCCUCAGUUUCUAAUUUUUCAUUUGAAAUUUCAGUAGUGAGAUGUCCAUUAACAUGGGAACAGGAAGUUGAAGGAAAUAUGCUGUAUGCAUCACAGUGUUCCCUCUUGAAAUGUUGUUA